AUGGAGGGGCCAAAAGCCCUGGGCCCCUGUGGUCACUCCCACCCCCCAGCUUCAAGCAGCCGCGGAGGAUGCCUGGAUUCACCCUGCCUGGUGCCCCUCUGCUCCACUCACGCAGUGGAGUCUAUCAGGCCCUUCCCAGCCCCAGGGGCAGCAGUCAGAGAGCUCAAGGUAGAGGGUGAGGGGCCCUGUAGCUUUACUGAAAAUGAAGAGGGAGACACGCAGCAACAGAGACGGAGAGAGCCUGUGGGCGCAGGAUGUGGGCAGGCAGCACCCAGGCCAGGGGCAGGCCCCAGCUCGGGGUCCGGGCCCAGACCCUGCCCCUGCCCCCGCCCACCCCAGGCGCAGGGGCCUGGGACCCCAGCCUCUCCCAGGACAGCCGUCCCCCAGUUCCAGAGGCUGCCCCUGGGGAUCACAGAGCAGUCCUUUCUCCAGCUGGAGCAGGAGAACCGGAAUCUGAAAAGGCAGAACCAGGCCCUGCGGGAGCAGCUGGGGACGCUCCUGGGGCCCGGGCAGCAGUUCCUGCCCCUCUGCCGGGAGCACUCGAGCCGCCGCGCUCUGGCCGGGCACCCUGGGCAGACCAGCGCCCGGCCCCCAGAGGAGAGAGCUCCCUUGCAGGUGCUGCAGCACGGGUUGUGCCGCGGGGAGGAGUCUUUCGUGCAGCAGUCCCAGAAUGAGCUGCAGCAGAUCCGACUAUCCUUUGAAAGGAAGAAGAUGGCCAUCACCAAGGUGUGGGACGGUGUGGCCGAGGUGCACAUGGCCCUGAACAGCCAGGCUGCUGGGCUCCUGAACCUCAAAAAGGACAUCCGGGGAGCGCUGGACCAAGUGGAGGACAUUCAGCUGGAGAUCCUGGGGGAUCGCGCCCGGUGCCGCACCCAGGCCAGGAAGGAACAACAGAUGGCAUGCAUGGGGGGGACAUGGCCGCAGCUGGGAUGCUCCGAGGGUCUCACAGGCCAGCUCUGGCUGCUGGCCCUGAGGCUGCUGCUGGGCACCCUGCUGGCCUGCACUGCUGCCUAUGUGUACACGGUAGACCCUGCGUCCUUCGAGGGCCUGGUGCCCCCCCUGCUGAGUCGCGCCACAGUCUGGAAGCUCCGGGCUCUGCUGGGUCCGUUCCUGCGCCUCGAGGUGGAUGACUUCCUACCCUUCUAGGCCCGAGGCCCAGCAGCCCCAGAGAGGAGGAGGCCAGGCAGCCAGCACUGCUCUGGGUGCCCAGCUGCCACGCCAGCCCCUGCUCACCACACUGCCACACACCGUCCCCACCGGGAGCUGCAGAGAAGGGGUGGGGGAUGGGAGUUCUGUCCUGAGGGCUGGGCCUGAAGUUGGACAUAUAGUCGUGAUACAACAGUGCGUGAGCUCAUUUCCAUGGAAACAGUGGGACAGGAGUCUUCAGGGCCAGCUGGUGGGCCUCAGGGGUCAGGUCCUCAGCCCUGAGUGGCUGACCCACUGACCUCACAGCCGUCACACAACCACCUGUCCCUGUGUGGCCAACCACCCCACCC